UUAGGCAGGCCCUUGCACUACAUAGUUGAAGGUAAAUCUAAAGGAAAUUGGGCAGAAAAUCUGCAGAUAAUUGUAUAAUGUAUGGCCAGCCUAAGUCCCCCUGCACACAGGACGUUAAGAAAAAAUCUAGAAGUCUUCUUCCUGGCAGCAGCGUUGUUGCCGAAAAAACACUUGACACUUGAAAGGGCUCUUUCACAUGGGUGUUCAGAUGUAAAAGCAAUCAUUUCUCUUUCUCUCUGUCUGCAUUCUUGCAGUCAUUGAGAAUUACUGAGUGAGCUGUGAGUGGUCACAGCUUGUCACAUGGUACAAGGCUGUUGUGAAUAGCCUUGUACCAUGUGACCUCUGUGAUCAUUCACAGAU